GCCGAUGGUACCGUUGCUCCAAACAAUACAGGCACACUGAACCACCAGCUAUAUUGGCAAGUCGGCAAAGCUGGUCGAUUAAUGGGGCUCAAGCUCCCGGCAGCACUACUGCUCUCCCAGGUGGCCAAGCUAGGCUCCCUCCUCAUUCUCUUCCUUCUCGUGCUGCUGGUGCCUGCCUUCCUCAGGGUCCCCUAUUGCUACCUCCUCUUCAACGCCAUCGUCCUCGCGCUGGGCAUCCAAGCCGGCCUCCUGCGCCGCGGCAGCACCAUGACCUCUUCCGACGCCGACGAAGACCGGCACCGGUCUUCGCGGACUGGUCAGGAUGUCACGCCUGUCAGUAUCGCGGCUUCACCGUUUCAGAGGGCCAGAUCAGUCUAUCCCAACGACCAGACGGCGGUUGCAGAUGAUCAUGCGGUACCUGCCAUUGGAGCAAGUAACAUAGUUGACCUGAAGACCAAGACCAAGAAGGUGGUGCUGACGAUGCUGAUGAAGAAGUGCCCGUCGGCGGCGAGCAUCUUCUUCCUCAGUGCGCUGAACGGUAGCCGAGCCAGCGGAGAGGACAAGGCAUGCGAAGAGCAGCAGGAAGACCGUAAACUCGACGUGGAAAUGACUCGGCAGGAGCUGUUUGCCAACACGGAGAGGUUCAUCGGGGACUUCCACAAGGAGCUCAGGAUGCAGAGACAGUAGCUUUCAAAGCUAGUACAAAAACUUAAUUUGGCUUUCCUUUUCCUCUUAUUAUUAGGGUGAUACUUGAUAGGCACGCUUCGCCGCGCCGGUGAUAUCAGGCUUGUCUUUUGCUGCUAACUUUUUGUUGUGUUGCGUGAGAAAAAACAUGAGGUGAGCGAGAUGUGCCUGUAGUUUUGGUAAUAAGGAUUGAGGAAAUGCACUUUAGCAGUUCAACUCUAUCAUAAAGUAGUUCAGCUUCC